AUGAUAGGCAUAUUCGGCACUUCUUGUUUGCAAAAAGCAUGGAGUGUAACUCUAUGGAACCAGUGGGAUGUUUACGACGCCAUCCUCGAACAUUCCUGGACAGGACCUGCCCGUCUAGGCGUAUUCCUCCUCGCCUUCUCCUCUGCCCUUUUCAACUUCGGAGUCAUUCUAGGCGCGAAUCUGCUUCCUUUCGCAAGCGACAUCACCGCACUCUUCCCUACCUACUUCAAUCUCACGCGUGGGAUGUGGUUCUGCUGCAUCAUAUCUCUCACACUGAUGCCUUGGAAAAUACUGGCCUCCGCUCACGGUUUCUUGGCGUUCUUGAACGGGUACGGCAUCUUCAUGGGACCAACCGCUGCCAUUAUGAUUACCGACUACUGGAUCGUACGCAAAGGCAACAUUCAUGUCAACGACGCCUACUCUUCCGAGCCUGGAUCGCGCUAUAUGUACAAGCGCGGCAUCAAUCCUAACGCUGCAAUGGCGUAUGUCGCGGGGAUGAUGAUACCUGUUGUGGGGUUCAUCGGGACAUUCGGAGUAGCAGUUCCCCGUGGAGCGGCUAGAUGCGACGAUAUUGGGUGGUAUGUGAGCUCAGUAGUGUCUGGCGUGAGCUAUCUCGCGCUGUGUCGUCUACGCCCUCUCGCGAAUGUGGAUGCCUCAAUGGGCCGCGAGGUCUUAGCACGCGAAUUUGCGUCAGAACGUGAAGCGGUUGAC